AUGUUCAAGAAGAGAGCUGCCAUAGGGGUCGAUGGUAUUCAAAAUAAGAGGAAGAAGUUAGAACAUAACACUUCCAGCAACAAUACGGAAACAAUAAUCUCUAGGAAGGAUACGAGACUGUCAAUACGAAGAAAAAGUGAGAAAUUAGGUGUUGAAACUCGAGAAGAACUACAACGAUCUGAAGAAGGAGAUAAGGUGGACGACAAAGAGAAGUUACAUCUUUUAACAAAAGAUGCUGCUACGAAGGAGAAUGUACUGAACGCUGAGCGUAUAGCUGAAGAGAAACUCAUAUCAGUGUCGAAGAAAAAGGGAGCUUCCAGGCAAAUUACACAGCCAUCGAAUGUCAGAACCACCGUCUUAAUGGAUUACCAACCUGACGUAUGUAAGGAUUAUAAACAGACCGGUUAUUGUGGAUAUGGGGAUAGUUGCAAGUUUCUUCAUUCAAGAGAUGAUUUCAAAGCAGGUUGGAAGCUGAAUCAGGAUUGGAACAUAAAUAAUGAUACAAAGGUAAAGAAACUUGAGGAAAUACCGUUUAAAUGUGUUCUUUGUAAGGACGAUUACAAGUCUCCCAUUGUGACCAAUUGUGGCCAUUACUUUUGUAGCAGUUGCUUUACUAAAAGGGUACGUGAGGACGCCAGUUGUUUUAUAUGUGGAGAGGAUACCCAAGGAGUUGCCAAGAUGGCGACAGAUCUGAAGAACAUACUGCGAAAAAGGAAGAUCCAGAAGGACCAACAAUAA